UCUAUCAUACGUAGAAACGAAUAAAGGUAAAGUUGCAUUACCAUUAAUCGCGGAAUUAAUUAGGUUACAGAGACAUCAACAAUUAAAAUUGUGACGUUACAAACGUGUUUGUCACAUUGCAGUGGAAUUCAGCGAGUAAUCUAAAAAAAAGUUUAUAUACAACGAUUGCCCGCAUAUUGUUUCUCUUUCUCGAUAACGCAAAAGCGCACACAUGGACGAAUUUAAUUCAGAAGAUGAACACGAGCUCCUAAAUUCCUUGGAGACAAUUUUGAGCUCUACUGAACGUAACCUGCACGAAUUCAUAGACGACAUCCCACAGAUUUUUGCGACUGACAAUUUCAAAGCUGUGUCUCACAAAGAGGAGACGAACGGAGAAAAGACACAUAAGCUUUUCGAUAAAUUGUCAACGUCGUCCGUUGGUGUGUCAAAAGAUAGUGCAAAAGAUAUUGCAACACUGGAAUUAAAAUGCGAAGAGCUGCAUGAUCAGAUUGGACGUCUAACGAAAGAGAAAGAAGACGCGUUCGAAGAAAUAGAACGACUGAAAGAUCAAAUAUUAAGUCAAAGUACGUAUUGCACAAGCCUUGGUGCAGUAUUAGGUAACUUGACGUGGCGUGCUUCUAGAUUUCCGCAAAUAGUCGACGCUUGGUUAUCGAAAUUUCAGAGUAAAAUAGGAGAAUUCUUGUCGAUAGUGAACGGGACUUUUGGCGCAUUUGUUGAUACUUAUGGAAGCGUAUUUCCUCCUGCAAGCAAUAUCGAGUAUCAAUUUGUAAUGGGACUGCUCGGUAUCGUCACUAAUAUAUCCGCGAGCCCGGAAGGUCGUGAAUUUUUAAUUACAAAUUCCAGCGGUACGGAAUUCGUGCAGAAACUAAUUAAACUAACGCCUGAAUUGCCGUUAGUUCCCGAGACGGUAUUUUUAAAAAGAUUAACGUUAAUGAUCCUGUACAACGUGAGCAUGAAUAAGACUGGUUUGCAAUACCUGCUCGGGUCACAAAUAGGAGACGCGCUAAGUCAUUAUUUACAUGAUGAAGCGUCUUCGGAAGAGAUGCAGUAUCUCUGUCUUCGCGUUUUACAAUCCGUCACUUAUGAUCUCAAGGAACCGAAAUACGUUCAAGAUUUAACCACAGCAAUUCCCAUCGAAAGAAUCGAGACGCUAACGUCCGCAAAACGAAGUGACAUAAGCGGUGCUGCAAAACAAGUUGUAAAAUUUUUACGGCACAAUCAAAAAAUUAUGAAGUGAUUAUUAAAAUUAAAAGCGUUCCGAACGAGUGCGUCAUCUUUUAUAAUUCAUAUAUAAACAUACGUAUAAAUAAUAAAAUGUUUAAUACGUUUAAAUUUCUUCAUAAGAAUGAUCAUUAAAUUGCAGUUAAUUUCAGACUAUUCUUAAAAAUAAUUUUAAAGUUUUAAUAAAUGGAUAAUUAACUAUCAGAAACAAUUUUUUUGUAUUUUACAAAACGUUUCAUUAUAUAUUUAAAAUAUAUUAAUUAAGUGUAAUAAUAAUAUUGGUUACAAUGCUACAAAUAUUUUUAUUAUUAUAACAUUCUUAACGUACAUGCUGAUGCAUCAAGUCAUUUUGUUUGAUUUUGGCUUUUAUAAUUAAGCUGCAAGUUACAUUGUAUAUAUAAAUAAAAUUAAAGCUUUAAUAAAUAAAAUGCA